AUGGGCUCUUGCCUAGCCAAACCCUCUGUACAUGAAGGCCAUGGGACUGCACCAGGAGCUGCUACUGCUCCAUCCACGUCGUCAUUCUCAUCAUCAGGACGCGGUCGCACACAAAACAAUAACAAGGCAGGGCGAUCGCAGACGAAGCGCAGGUCAGAAGCGCAUGUCCUAGGGGGCGCAUCUACUCCUAGUCAGUCUGCAGGCUUGAGCAAAGCAGGCGGCCAAGGUUAUCACGGCCCAGUUCCAGCAACCAUUAUUACACCACCUUCAAAUGACUCACAAUCAGGCGCGGGUCUGCUGAGAGCGGCGGGGGAUGCCAAGGAGGCAGCGUUCCGUGCUGCGGAAGCACGAGCACAAGCACAAGCGCAAAAGGGCGGCGUGUUGUCAGGAAAGCUGAAGCAGCAACAAGGGAUGUCGGGCCAGGCGCUACGGAAGGCCGAGCAAGAUGCAGAACGGCAACGGCGAGAGAAUGAGACGCUUGUCUAUGAUUGA